ACACACACACACACACACACACACACACACACACACACACACACACACACACACACACACACACACACACACACGCCUCCCCAGUCAUAACUGAAUGACGGCAGGUCGCUAUGGAAACUGCGUUACGCUCCGGGCGGCCGGAGGAGAAAACAAGAGCGCGAGGACUCAUUUCAGUCUUCACUUCAGCACCACGCGAGCUCCUGGACAGCGCCCGGAUGAACUCGCACACACAUAGUAGCCUCGCAUGCCUUAUAAGGGACACAUCAGCACCGAGCCUCUCUGGAGAGUAGGGACUUAAGAAGAGAAACCAACCCAGUCACUCAGUCCGGACCUGAAGCUCGGAGGAGGUUCUACUAUCAAACCGGGAGCCAGUCGCUCCCUCAAAUGCUACAGCAACAGGGCAGCAGCAUGUCUGAAACUAAAUCCAGUCAGCGGUUCCACAGCCUGAACGCUGAGCAGGUAGAGGUCCUCCAUCAGGUUUUGUCAGAGGUGGUUCCAAUCCACGGCCGCGGGAACUUCCCCACAUUGGAGCUUCGUCCUCGAGACAUCAUCAUGGCUGUGCGGGCCAGGCUUCAGAAGCAGGGAAUCACAGUGAGAGAUGUUCGUCUGAACGGAUCCACGGCCAGCCACGUCCUCGUCCGAGACAACGGAACGAGCUACAAGGAUCUGGACGUCAUCUUUGGAGUGGAGUUGCCCAGUCAAGAGGAGUUCCAGGUGAUCAAAGAGUCAGUACUGGGCUGCUUGCUGGACUGCCUACCUGCUGGGGUCAACAGAGAGCGGAUCAGCAGCGCUACAAUGAAGGAAGCCUAUGUCCAGAAAAUGGUCAAGGUCUUCAAUGAGCACGACCGCUGGAGCCUCAUCUCGCUCUCAAACAACAGCGGCAAAAACCUGGAGCUCAAAUUUGUAAGCACGCUAAGGCGGCAGUUUGAGUUUAGCGUUGACUCUUUUCAGAUCAUUCUGGAUCGUCUUCUCGAGUCCUACAUGCAGCAGGAGUUGCAGCACAAAAAUAAAAAUGUUGAACUAAGGGAGCAGCCUGCAGAGACUCAGAAAAAAGACUCUUCGUCUAUGAUCAGAGAACCUACUGCCCCGAAAACAGAAAAUGCCUCUAGUAAAAACUUAUCCAGCAAAGCAGAGGCUCCAAUCAGCCAAACCCAACAGAGAGAUGAGUUAAAUGAAAAGGAGUCCAAGACCGUAGUCAAUACACAACAAAUUGAACAGUCCAACCAGACAAAAGACUCCGAAAUAGAGAAAGAGGACAGAGGCAAAACACCUGUGGAGCUGAAAGAAGCUUCAGAACACAAAGAAACCUUCAACUUUUCUGACCAGACUUUUCCAAAACUUUUGUCAGAAGAAAAACCAACCUCUGAGAAUUCUGAACCACCAACUCAGAUUGAACUUAGACGUGAGCCAGAGCUCCCAGACAACACCAAAUGUCCAACAACGGUAGAAAUGUCAGAGCAGACCCAGCCCUGUGAUGACCAACAACCAGCACAUUCAAAUCACCAGGAACUCUCUGUCCAGAAAGAACAAUCCAACCCCCCAAAACCCCCUGAUGAACGGGAAGAACUCAAAGAGCAGACGAGACACACCAAGUCACCAAAAAGCUCAAACAAAUCCCAGGCAGAGUCUCUAAACUCAGCAGAAGGCUAUCACAGUGAAGACUUCUCCGAGUGUUUCAGUGAGGAUAAGAGUAGCGAUGAGAAAGAUAAAACACAUUUGACUGCUCAUGACUCCAGCACCUCUUCACCUGCAAAGAUAGAGACACAGUUAGAAGAAGAGAGAAAAGAAGAAACAGAGACAGUUGAGCAAGCAGAGAGAAAAGAUGAGAUGGAAAUAAGAGAAAUGACAGAAGAGAUUAUAGCCUCAGAAGCAACAAACGUAGACAACACACAGGGUAUUGAUUGCUCCUGCUCCACCUCUUCUAUAUCCCUUUCACUUGACACAGAGCCUGCUGGCACACAAGCUACAGCAGAGAUUCACAGCACACUUCACACAGAUAACUCAGAUAAAACACCUAACGCACUUGAAGACGAAAGCCCUCCAGAUACUCAGGAUGUUUUACCUGCACCGCCUAGCCUUGUUUCAGACAAAAAGACCUCCUCUUCUCCCUCAUGUAAGGCCUCAGAGAGACUUGCUCACAUGGUGGUGCUCAAACACUCCUCUCCCAAACCCCCCCGAAGGAUGUGUAGGAAGGUAUCCCCCAAUAAUUACCCAUAUCAAGUCUCUGAUAGCGAAUCUGUCAUAGCCCCCUGUCUAGAUCCAAACCCUUGCCCUAGCCCUGAACCUGAGAUAGUAUCUGAACCCAAGCCAACAGCUCCCAGUUCAGACCCUACAACUACCCAAAUAACCGGUAACUCUACAAAAUCAAACUCUGAGCAUGAAUCCACCACUCCCAGUAACCUAACUUGUAUUCUAGACCUUACCUCAGCUCCUGAUCCAGCCCCUGAUAUAAUCUCCACCUCUGCUGUGGAUCCCAGUUCUGAUUUAGCUCAAGAUCCCUCAUCCAGUCAGAUAACCUCAGAGACAGCAUGUGAGACAAUUAUUCAGAGCAUAAAAGAAACCCCAUCCACACAUUGCGAUGAGCAAAGCAACCCUUCAACUGGUCAAACUGUCCCUGCGCCCAGACCAUCAAAGCCUCUCGGCUCAGUGGACACGUUAGUUUCACACACCAAUACAUCCACCUCCGACACCCAGGAACCUGUACAUACCUCAGAAGAUGAGCUCAGUGAUGAAGAUGAAAACAGAGUAGUACAAACCAAAAAGAUGGACUUUAAUCAGCCGAUUAGCAGCCCACAAGCCAUCACACUUGUCACUCCUCCUGUUCCCUGUCUAACCCCUCCCCUACUAAGUCUUUCCCCUCCCUACUUCACACCGUCGCCCCCCAGCCUCAGCCCUCCCCGAUGUCUGACCCCUCCCUCUAAUUGCCUCUCAUCUGAGCUGCUGAACACCGUCAGCCUCGAGACCAGCUUUAGCUCUCCACCCCUGAGUUUCAGCCCUACCUCAUCCUGCCUCAGCUCCCCUCCUUACCUCACCCCUACUAUGCUUAGCCUCAGCCCUACUCCAGUCUGUCUUAGCCCACCUUCCCCCUGCCUCAGCCCUCCCAUCCUCUGCCUCACUCCACCGGUGGAGUCAGAGGAUCUGGUACCUCAGGUAUCUUCAGACAUGGAGCCUUUGAUACUGAACACAGAAAGCGAGGAACAGAUUAAAGAGUCCUCCCCGCAGCCAGGAAAUCCUCUCCUACAGUUGGAGGAUAAAAAGGAAAAAGAUUAUAUCUCAUCGUUGCCCGGGGUUUCAGAGCCUGUCUCUUUUCCAAUCACAAUUCCGAGCACCACCUCGCAUGUGCUUCCUCACUCUCAGUCUGAAGACCCAAGGGAAAUGGCCCCUCCAGAAGCCGAUGAGGCAUCCAGCCCUGUGCCUGAGAACAAAGAGGCCCCUAAGGUAAACGCAGUCAUGCCUGAACAGUGCAACACUCCUCAGGCAACUGCCUCAGUCCCUGCUGUCGAGGUCCUGGCAGAGAGCAUGUAUGGUGACUUCGAGGCAGCCAUGGACCACCUUCGCUACCGUCUAAUCGCUACUAGAAACCCUGAGGAGAUCCGGGGUGGUGGCUUGCUCAAGUACAGCAACCUGUUAGUCAGGGACUACCGACCGGCCAGUGAGACUCAGAUAAAGACACUGGAGCGCUACAUGUGCUCGCGCUUUUUCAUCGAUUUUCCUGACGUGCAGGAGCAGCAGAGGAAGAUCCUUUCCUACUUGAAGAACCACUUUAUCGGUGAAGAGAGGAGCAAGUACCAGUACCUGAUGACGCUGCGGCGCGUGGUCGACGACAGCACAGUGUGCCUAAUGGGACAUGAGAGGCGUCAGACUCUGAACAUGAUCACAGUGCUGGCACUGAAAGUUCUGGGAGAGCAGAACAUUAUCCCCAACACAGACCAUGUCACAUGCUUCUACCAGCCUGCCCCAUACCUUGCUGAUCACAAUACCCCCUAUUUAGCAGAACCCAGCUACUGCAGCUACUACAUACCCCAAGGGGGAUCAACUCUGCUUUAUCAACCCUACCCCUUACACUUGCACUCACAGACUGGACUAGUCUAAAAUACACACACACCAAUUAUAAUUAUACAGCUCACACAAUCUUGCAAGGAGAAGGUGCUUUUCAUGAGGAUAGAGCAGGAGAAGGGAAAAAUAAUCCAGGGAUAAACUGUUUGGUCUAUAAUAGACCUAUGUGGGUGGGAUUGAGUGGGUUUUUACAGUAAACUCCCUGAGUACUGUGUAAGGGUCUAAUAUGAUUAAAUGUAAUUAUCUGGGCUUUGUGGGAAAAUAAUGAUUCUUCCAAUAUUGCAGAAAUUCCAGAAAAUGCUUUAUGCACUGCAUGAGUCAUAGCCCUUUGGUCUCCCCGGGAAACCAACUGUGCUGUUGACAUUCAAAAACAUUCACAGACACACACACAUGCAUACACAAAACUCACACUUCCAGGUUCUUGAAUUCUUGUCACUCUUUUCAUGUUCUUACUGUGUUGUUCUUAAUGGGUUUGUUCAGAAUGUGGACCUUGCCUGUGGUUGAUAUUGUGCAUGGAUAAAUUAGGACUGUUCUCUCACUGCCAAAUACUGUGUUACUACUAUGCUUCUUUAACAGUUUCAUGUAACUUUGUUAAUCCUUUACUGAAGGGGUGUACUCUGAAAAAAAAAAGUUAAAGGGACAAGUCUACCAGUGUGUACAGUACUUUAAUCAGAACACACAAACAUGCAUGCACAUCACAUACACACACAUAUGUGCACACCAACUGGCAGACUGUAUACUGUAUUAACACAGUUAGACAAUGCAUGAGUAGCUAAAUAUAUACAAUAGACCACAUCCUGAAGUCAAAACAAAGUCUUUUAAUUUAAUAAAAAUAUAUCUAUUUUUGCAAACUUUCCAAGAUUAUACUCAGUGGUAAACAGACUGGUUAGUUCCUACAGAAAAAUGCCAACAACAAUGCCUUUGCAAUAGACUGUACAGUGUAUUGAUUACAGUAUAUCGUGUGCAGACAAACUGCAUUGUUUUCAGGUAAAAUGUGUUAAGAUGUAGUGCUUGAUUCCUUUGACUUGUGAAGUCCUUUCUGUAAUCAUGUGAAGUACUGUACCAUCUAGUGUUGAUUUAUUUAAUGCUAAUGUUUACUCUAUGGAGGUGGUCAGGUUAUAACCAUCUUUGGGUCACCUCUAAACAUGGUCGAUUGAGAUCUGUCUAAACUGAGGGAGUGCACUUUAAAAUUGUGUGACUCCUUUCGGCACAAAUCAGCAUCAUCUAAUUCACAGUCAGAAUCAACAUGAAACCAGUUUAAAUCCACCUCAAACCUUUUUGAAUCCAAGUUCAAAGCCAAACAGCAACUAUGACCAAAGAUGGUUCGGUAGGGAAAUUAAGUGCCUAAAUGUGAGACAUCAUUGGCAUGUCUUUAUCUCACUGCACUGGGGGUGUUAAUGGGGUGGGCCUGGGGCUGGGCUGGGUUGGGUAUGUGUUCAGUUGUUGACCCCUGUUA